AUGCCUUCAAGCGAUAAAGCAUUCCAUCACAUAGUUUAUUCAGAGACAAACCAUAAGGUCGAAGUAACGGCUGUCGGUAACAGCAAAACAUCUUCAAAGAAACAAAAUUCUGGUACUUUCAAACAGCCAACAAAACACGAUACAAACGUUGCAGGUAGCACCCGAUCAGACAGAACCAUUCCGUUGCAAACAACAUCGUUUCAAUCAUCACAUAAAUCUCUUGUGGCAGCGAACAACAACCAUGUUUGGGAUCAGUGUUAUGCACACUGUUUACCCCCUUUAUCUCAUCAGAUACAGUCACUUCCAUUAAUUCCGAGCUGCAUCAAAGAUGAGCUAGGUUUGCCUUCCUCUCAAAAAUCCUUGUGCCAUUCUCUGAAUAGAAUUGGUAACCCCUCGUGCAUUUCAGAUGGAACAACACAAUGCAGAGAAUUGGAUUUGAACAGUGGAUUUAACGGUACCUCCUCGUCUUUGUCGCAUUCCUUCUUUUCUUAUGCAAAUUCUCAAAUUGCUGCAUCCUCCCAAAACAACAUGCAAUUGUAUAAUCGGUAUGAUCCAUGGAAUGAAAAGGUGAAUGGGUUUUACCAUACUCACAUUUCAGGAAAUAUAACGUCACAAAACACCCAAGCCUUUAGCUUGUCUCUUCACACGCCUCAACUGAGCACCUACUCCAACAUGGCUCAACCCCUCCAAUUCAGCAAUUCCUACUGUGUCCAAGAUGAUUCCAAAUGUUUAGAUGGUAACCACCAAGGACACAUUGAAACCCAUUCGAAUGAAUCACAACAGCUGGAAUCUUUUUUCAACAAACAACCAACGCCGUCCCAUGUGAAUCAAACCAUUCAUGUCCAAUCACAAGAGCCCCUUUCUUCCCUAUCUUGGCUUUCUCGUAAUGAUUCAACAGUUGAUAGUCUAUCCAAGUCAUUGCAAACCUCUCUCACAGUUUCUACUGUUCCUCUCCAAGCUGUAAAUGACAUAGAGGUCACAUACCCACCGAACAUGACCAACAACUGCUCCAUUUCAUUUUCUUCGAAGCAAGGGUUUGCCCACACAAGAGCUAGUUCAUCUGACCAAGUGGACCUUAUCACCGAAGGAAAUUGGCAUGAGCCCUAUGAAAAGGCAAUUCAAAAUCCAUCAAUCAAUGUCCACCCGAAUGGAUACAGUAGCGUUCCGAACUCUCCAUCAAAACAUCGAAGAAUGGGUUCUAACAGCACAAUCCAAAAUCCCGCCUCUCUCAACCUUAACUUAAAUUUGGUUCACAAUACCACCGAUAUCGGAGCAGAGGGCAAUAAUGGUCCAACCUCGCCUUCCAAGAAGGAAUCUAGUGACGACAAAGUUGCCCUUAAAGAAUUCCAAAAUUUGCUUAAGAAUUACGAGCCACUGGGGUAUGAACGAGCUAAGAGUUUAACCAUGAAUUACCUAAAUGAUCCUAAAUGUUCACUCGAAAGACACAUGCAUUGGAGAGUUCACAUGGAAUUAGCUGAUUUGGCAAAAAGAGAAAACCUUCUUGAACAAGCUCGUUUAGAAUUUUGUACUGUAAACAAAAUGCAACCAAAUGCAAGCCAAGGAUGGCUUGAAUAUGCUAAACUUGAGGAAGAAAGUGGUAACAAUGAGAAAUGUGGACGGUUGCUCUUGGAAGGAUUGGACAAGUGCAAACACAACGAAUCUCUUCUCAUAAAAGCCAUCAAGCAUUUCGAGCAAAACGAUGACUUGCAGACUUCCAGAAGUAUAUUAGGUAGACUAAAGGGACAAAAGCCAGAAACAUGCUGGAAGAUUCUUUUGGAAGGAGCAUUGCUUGAAUCUCGUGCAGGCAACGUUAACGUUGCUCGAAAAGUAUUUAAAUACCUCAUGAAGAAUGUUCAUCGUCAUGGCCCGAUCUACUACGAAGCGUACAAGCUUGAGGAAAAGUGUGAACAAUUCGAUCAAGCUCUCAAUAUUGUCGAACAAGGUCUUAUUGCCAAUCCUCGUUAUGGGCCUCUUUGGUUUGCGGCACUACGACUGUAUGAAAGAAAACUUGAUAGAGCAGUUGACAUGGAAAGUAAGGAACAAUGCCUGACAGAGGUUCGUCAAUGUAUUUCUAGAGCUGCAAAAAGCAUUAGUAAGGAACUCAAGUGGAAAGUGUACUUUGAACUUGCUCAAUUUGAGGAACGUGCAAGUCAUUUACAGCUCUCACGAAAAGCCUACAGCAAGAGUGCAAUCAAGGCUCUCGAAAAUUUACGUUGGAAGGUUUGGCUUGCUGGAUCGAGAACAGAGCUAAAUGCUGGGAAUAUUGAAAUUUCUCGCAUGCUUUUGAAUAGAGCUUUGCAGGAAGUUCCAAGCAAGACCAAAGCUGUAGUACUGAUUGAAUGUGCAAGAUUAGAAGAAUUUUGUAAUCAUCUUGACAAGGCUCGUGAUUUUUUGAAUCGUGCAAAACAAGAAGCAAAACACGAAUGGAAAGUAUUUUUGGAAAGUAUUCUUCUUGAAAUGAGAGCUGGAAAUAUCGAACAAGCAACCUGUGAAGCUUUGGAAGCUUUGCAAAUUCACAGAGGAACAGGUCGUCUGUGGGCCAUCCUAAUCCAACUACAUCACAUGAAGGGAAAUAUUGUUGAAUGUUGUCGUGUAUUUAAGGAAGCUCUUGAAGAGGUUCCAAAAAGUGGCGAAGUGUGGUGUGAAGGAGCCCGUAUCGCUCUUAAUCCUUUAUCACCCAAGUUCUCUUUAGAGAAGGCAAAAAGGUGCCUUGACUUUGCGAUCAAGUUUACUCCUCAAUAUGGAGACAGUUUUAUUGAGUACUUGAGAUUAGAAUUACUGACUAGAGGCCCUUCGAUUCCAAACAGUGCCGCUGCUCCUGUCUCUACCACGAACAGCAAUGAGGCCCAAGAGCACAUUGAAAAUAUGUGUGUAAAUGCUGAUCCUAACUAUGGACCUCUUUGGUUCCACUGUAAGUCCCAUCCUCUUGACUCCACACGACAAGUGUUGAGAAGGGCUAAGGAAAUGUUAAUGUCUGAACUCGCUCAACAAAAAGAAACUUAUCAACAUGCAAUCAUGACCAGACAUUCUAAGAAGACUAAAUUUCUUGAAGGAGACAAAUCGAGAGAAAUUAGAACAUUUAUUACUGGAUUAUGCUCAUUGAAUCAAAUGUAUAACAACCACAAUCUUAGUUUUGAAAUGCGAAAGAAGUAUAUUUACUUGAACGAGAUAUCAGUUUAA